AGGAGUGCAUCUUUGGCCUCCAUGCUGAAUUAGUGCCCCAGUCGGCUUUCCACAAAUGACCGUGUGCUCUUCCAAAAAGUCUCAGCCUUCAUAACUGAUUAGUUAAGGUCUUGAUUUUUCCAUUCCUCAUAUAUUGAUUGUUGACACAUCCAGUAAAAAAAACGGCAUGUUGAGCAACAGAGGUGUCCUUGUAAGUCACAUGAAAACCUGAACAAAUUGUUUGAGCCUCACAAAAAGAACCGCCUCCACAAUGGUGUGUUGUGAAUGAGGAUAUAUAUUGUGCAGUGGGCGGCAUCACCAGACACUCUUCAGACGAUGUGGUUCACAGACGCUUCAUCAACAUGAAUGCAAUUUUCUUUGUGGGCCUGAUCACCGGCAUCGUCACCAUCUCCGCCAUGUUCCUUUUCGCUCUCGCCAAGCUGUUUUCCCGCCACGGCGGCGGCGGCCAUGUGCAGGACGGCUACGGCUACGCGGUGCUGAUAACGGGCUGUGACAGUGGCUUCGGCUACGAGCUGGCUCAGUGUUUGGACCACAAAGGGUUCGUGGUCUUCGCUGGGUGUUUGUCUCCAGAAGGAGCCGGCGCUCAGACUCUGGCCACGGAGAGCUCCAGUAAUCUGAAAAUCCUCAAGCUGGACGUCACCAGUGAUGAAGAUGUGCAGCGGGCGAAGAAGAUAGUCCAGGAGAACCUGCCCGAUAAAGGGUUGUGGGCGGUCGUGAACAACGCAGGCGUCACGGACUGGGCCGAGAUCGAGUGGAGCUCUAUCGGAGAUUUUCGCAACAUGGUGGAUAUCAACCUGUUUGGCGCCAUCAGGACCUCGUCUGCGUUCCUGCCUUUGAUUCGUGCCUCCAGAGGUCGCAUGGUCUACAUGUCCAGCAUAUUUGCAUUCUUCACCUGCCUGAACAUGGGCGCCUACAGCGUGUCAAAGAGAGGGCUGGAGGCGUUCGCAGACUGCCUCCGGGUGGAAAUGGCCAGUUUUGGUGUGAAGGUCAGCAUCAUCCAGCCGGGUAAUUUCGGCCAAGCCACCAACAUCCUGAAGAUUAAAACCAGUUUGGAAAUUUGGGAGAAAUUGGACGAGGAACGUAAGCAAAUCUUUAACCGACAGUACAUCGACCUGGCCAACCAGUACUAUACGGCCACGUGCCAGAGCGGGUUCAAGAACGCCGACAUGGUCAUCGACGCAAUGCUGCACGCGGUCACGGCCGCUCGGCCCAAAUACCGAUACCUGCUGGCCUCGGCCACGGACACCUUUUUCUUCAUGCUAUUCCCGUACCUCCCCACCGUGCUCACCGACGCCGUGAUGUCCUUCAGCUCCAUGUACGCCAAAAGAGUAGACAUGCUUUACGCCAAAUAG